AUGGCCCGAACCAAACAAACGGCAAGGAAAGUAAGCUCAUCCUCCGCCUUCGAACAUCAGAAGAAACGCAAAGCAGAAGAACCAAGCUCUUCGUCAUCUUCAUCCUAUGCACCAAAACCAUCAUCAUUUUCCUCUUCAAAAGAUGAUCCACAAUACAUCAAAGAGAGAGAAGAAUUAGAAACAGUCCGAAUUGAUGCUCUCCACAAAAUCGAUGAAGAAAGGAGAAGAAAUCAACAAAAGAUGAAGGAAAUCGAAGUUCUAGAAAAGUUUAAUGGCAACAAGAUGGAUGACCAACAAGAUGAUCAUCUGAAUAGUGAAAAGGUGAAGGAAAUCUUGCAAUCAGGUGAAAAUAUUGUCAAAUUGAUGGUCGGAGGGAAAAUGUUUGUUACCUCACUUUCUACCAUUAAUAGAAGAGAGAAUAUGAUCAAGACCAUGUUGAAUUCUGAUUUUAAGGUUGAUCGUGAUGAGAAUGGCUGUAUCUUGUUGAGUGAGAGUAAUCCAGAUUAUUUUCCAAUCAUUUUGGAGCAUAUUAGAACUGGAUCCACCACAUAUGUAGGUUUGUGGGAAAAUAUAACUGAAGAUACCAUUGAAAAGUUAAAAGCUUUGCUGAUAGAAUCUGAUUACUUUGGUACAAGUAAAUUAAGUGCAAGAGUUGCCGAAUUGAUCAAGCAACACAAUUCCAAUCAAAGACACCAAAGAAUGGAAGAAAAGGAAGAUACACCUGAAAUCAAAGAAUACAGAGUUUCUCAACAUAACACUCUCCAUUCUAAUCAAAACGAAAGUGAUGAAAAAUGGUUGGAUAUGUUUUCAAAGCUUACACUCAAGGAAAAGACUGUCAUGGAAGACUUUUUGAAAAAGGCUGAGGUUGAUCUUGAACAGGAAAGAGAAGAACUCAGAAAAAGAGAGGCCUUUUUGAAAAAGGAACCAAUUGUUUUCAAUGUAAGAGGUGUGAAAUUUUGCAUUGGUAUUGAAAAGUUACUUGUCCAUCCAGAAAGUAUUUUCCCUCAAUUGAUUCAAGCAAGUACCAACCGUGAAAUAUUCCUUGACAGAGAUAGUGAAGUCUUUUCUGUAUUGUACGAAUAUUUGGAGAGUGCAACCUUCACUUCAGUCCCAAGAGAAAUGUCUCAGAGAAAACUGGUUUACAAAGAGGCCAAAGAAUUCAAACUCCAAGGACUUUUAGACUUUUUAGAUCCUCUUCGUUAUCCAAUCGAAGAUAUUGGAUCUAAUAAUUUAAAAAUCAAAAAAGAGGAAGACUUUUUGAGAAAUUUAUAUGUUUCAGAUAGAGAAAAUCAGAUUCUUUCAGAUCCUUACAUUCAUUUGGUUAGUGUUUUUGGUAAUGAACAUUCUACCAGAGAAUUACUCAAACCAUGCGAUCCUCCAAGUACCCUACCUUUGCUUUUUGAUUUUGAAAACCCUGUUGAAUGUUCUGAACUUAUCAAUGAAUAUUCAAGACUCAAAUUGCCACCAAUCCCAGAAAUUGUUUCUGAUAGAGAAGAAUUCUUCACUCAAUUUAACGCUCUAACUUGUGGUCUAUUUAAAGAUAUGGAUUGGAGUAAUGUAUUCGCAGCAGGUGGUGGAAUUUUGGCAUGCAUGCUCAAAGCUAAAUUGGAUAGAAAAGACUUGCUACAAGAAAACCGUUACAGUAGAUUUCAAAAGGUUGAUCCUUUCCAAGGUGGAGUAAUGCAACAAGCAAAGAAAAAAGUGCUCUGGGAUGAGGAUGAUGGUUCUAAUUCUGAUAAUGAUAAUGGGUCUGUUGCAGAUGGAUAUUUUUCAGCAACAAGUUCUGAGGACGAUAAACCUGUUCGAGCCAAAAAAGCAAGCUCAUUCAAAAAAUACGAACAAGAUGAUUUGGAUGAAGAACUUUUCAACUAUUUUAGAAAAUCCUAUUGGAAAAACAGUGAUAUAGAUUUAUUCAUUUAUGGUUUGGAUGAAAAGGAAGCCGAAAAGAAGAUUUUUUACCUUUUUGAAUUAUUCAAAAAGAAUAUCAAAAACAUUCCACAUUUUGCAAAACCAGAAAAUGCAAAUGAUAGCAACAAGUUCAACAAGCUCACUAAAAAAUCCAAAAAAUACUCCUCUCCAAAGUCCACCGAAGAAGGCACAAAUUAUGAUGAUAUUUUGUUGAUCAGAACUGAAAAUGCUAUUACAUUCAAGUUUAUCAGCUCAGUAAGGACAGUGCAAGUAAUUUUGAGAAUUUACAAAUCUCCAGCUGAAGUCUUAAUUGGAUUCGAUGUGAAUUGUUGUUGUGUUGGUUUUGAUGGCUCUCAAGUUUACGCAUUACCAAGAGCCAUUCAAGCCAUAAAGACAAGAUGCAAUAUUGUAGACGUUGAUAGACAAUCUACAACUUACGAAUUAAGGUUAACCAAGUAUGCUCUCCGUGGCUUUAGAGUUGGAGUAGCUGGCUAUGAAGAAAAAAGAGUUCAAAAUGAUAUUUUGAUAGGGGAUCAUUUCUACAAACAUAAUAGAAGAUACUUUAGACAGCCUCAACCAAGAGCCAAACUUCAUAAUGUCACAGGUCUUGCCAAAAUUCUCCUCAUCAGACAUGCCUAUAAGCAUGCCAAUUUUAGAGGAGGACUGAAAUCAAUUGGAGCAGGAAAUGAUGUUGAAUCUGCCGAAAAGACGGUUUCCAAGUCAAAAUAUCAUGACUAUACACAAAUUCGUCUUCCUAGGUACAGUUGGAAUUCUGAAUUUAUAUCUGCUAGUCAGCUUUUUAAUCACAUUAAGGCAAGAACAACAUACGUAGUUGAGGAGAAAAAGAUGAAACUAUUCUUUGAGUAUUCACUUAACGAUAUUAAUGGAAUUAUUCAACCAAAGGAACCAAAGAGUGACCUCCCUCCACAUUUGGAAUUUAUAACAUAUGAGCCAACCCGUCAAUAUGUUGUUGGCUCAUUCCAUCCACAUAAUAGAAACUUUUUUAGAGAUGCCUAUGUUGAUGAAAAAAUAGAGAACAAGUCAGUAGGAAAGAAAAAGUUUACCAAGUAUCAAUGGAUACUUGGGAUAGGCUCUGGUAGAAAUGUACUUGGUGAAGAAGAAGCAAAACUAGUGGAACAAGCAUACAGGUUAUUCAAAGCUCAAAAGUCAAGCUCAAAAAAGGCUACAAAUUCUCUAUACGAACUCUCUAAUGGCAACACAAUUAACUUUCAAACAAUGAGCUUAGAAUCAAAAAUGAACAAAUCUUGGUAUCGGUCUAGAAAAUUAGUAUUGAGAACUCGUGAAUCUCACAUUUAUGUCAAGAGAUCCAAAGACGAGCUCACAAACAUUCAUGAAGUAUUGGAUGACGAAGAGGAAGAAACAGAAACAUGGAAAACUAAAAAGAGUGAAAAGAAGAAAGAAAGUUCAGAUGACGACUCUUCUGAUGGGUGUCCAUCACCAAAGAAGAUAGAGAAACCACUCAAAUCACCUGUUUCAAAGAAAGCAAAGAAGUAUGACUCUGAAGAAUCCGAUGAUGAUAUGAAAUAUGAAACUAAAAAGAAGAUAGAAAGUUCGGAAUCUGAGGAAGAGAAACCAAAGAAAAAGCUACCAACACCAAAAGAAACAAGUUACUCUACCAAGAAGAAGAAAUAAACUCCAAUCUUUCAACUUUG